AUGCAAUUUACUGCUUUUGUCCUCAAUUGCGGUUGUUUCGGUCCAUUAUUACUCUUUGGCGUUAAGGUUCCAUUCAAAUAUGCUGGUAUUGCAUUUGCUCUUUCCCAAUCCAUCCCAGGAAUUGUUCUUACAAGCCUUAUUUUCAGCAAAAAGUUCAAAACAAUUACAUCAUGGUCCAAUCUCAUCAAGAAGCCAAUUUACGAUACAUACAUUGGUUUAAAGAUUGGUACUCCAUAUAUUUUGAACGUUAUCAUGGGUCUUUUCCCUCUAUUAGUUGCCAUUAAUUUAAUGUCAACAGCUGCAGUUUCACAAGGCGUUAUUGCCCAAUGUGGUCCAUGUCUUUCUGUUUUCUUCAAGAUCCAGCCACUCGCUAACUGCUUUUCUAUUGCAUUUGGUCAGGGUCUCCUUGGUCCAGGUUCUUAUGCAUUCAGUAGAAAGAAUUAUGACAGAGUUAAGAAGUUGUUUUUCAUUGCUCUCACUGCAAGUUUGAUUCCACAAUUUAUUUGGUUAGGAGUUUUAGUGGGUGCUCCAGUCUCUGUUGCAAAGAUUUGGCUGAGUGAUAAAGCUACAUUAGAAUAUGCUAAGACAAUGAUUCCUAAGCCAUUCAUUACAAAUUGGACAACAGGAGUCAAUGAAAUUGUCACAUCUUUACUUCAAUGUUUAGGUUUUGCAUGGACAGCAAUGACACCAAGUAUUGUUAGAGGUAUAUUCUAUAUUGUUUAUGGCUUGAUUCUUUAUUAUACUAACAAGCAUGAUUCUGUAAGAAUGAUUUACACAUAUUGCUUAAAUGAUACAACAAUUCUCAUUCUUGAUUUCAUCAUUGUUAUCAAACCACUCAUUGAAUUGUACAGAAACCAUGAUUUCAUUGAUAACAAGGAUGAUUCUCAGGAAGAAAGUGCAAACAAAUCUGAGACAAAGGAAGACACAACAACGACUACUACACCUACAGCUGCUACAACACCAUCUAAUGACUCUGAUAAGCCACUCGAGGAGUUGUAA